AUGCCAGCCAAACGCCCCGCUUCUUCACUCUCCGGACCCAACAAACGCCCAAAACCUACCACAAAGCGCAAACAACGCACAGACAAGUCUGUAUGGAACUCCAAAGACGAUUGGGAUACUCUCGUCGCAGAAUCAUCCCUCUCCACCUCUUCUGUAUCCCUUCGCAAACCGAGGUUCAGAUCGUUCCCUUCUCUGACAAACAUCUCCGUAGAUGUCAUCGUGCGAAGCUUCAAAGCUUUCUACGGGGAUGGGCAGGCGGGCCAAGACGAAGCGGUCGCGGACGAGUGGAGGAAGUGGUGGAGAACGGAAUGGGCAGAGAUACCGGGGCAUCUGAAAGAGAUGGUGAGGGAUGGGAUAUACAAAAGAUGGGGAGCUAUACUAUCGUUGCAGUUGCUGCGAGAGCUGUUCUCAAUCCCUCCAACAUUGUAUCUGCCAGGAGAUCUCCUGCCUGCUAUUGCACAGGCCAGUCGACUCAAGCCACUAAUCCCUCCAACCAUUUCAUCGAACCUGUUUAUGUCACUCAUUUUGAUCAAUUCCCUGACGUCGACGGAUGUAGGUCUUGCAGGCCUCAUACAUCACCUGCCGAGCAUUGAGAUCGUCAAUCUCAAGGGCUGUGCAUUAGCCGGUGAAAAGACGGUGAAAACCAUUGUGUCGAGGUGUCCGGGAGUUAAGCGGCUGAAUCUGAAGGGAACCAAAGUUUCGGAAAAGGAUGUCGCACAAUUACUGGCGACAUUCGGGCAACAGCUGGAAGGAUUCAAGGUGGACAAUGUCAUUUUCAAUGAUAUCGACCAUACAUUUGCAUCCCAGCCAUAUCCCUCCAUGACCCACCUCUGCCUUCCAGGCAACAUGCUCAACCGACCGCUCUCGUCGGCGCGGAGUAACGCCACCCGUUUCACCGGUAUGGGUUAUCCCAAUCCAAGACCCACUCCCCAAACGACUACCAUCUCGUGGCCGACGCUAGAUACGAGCUUUCCGAGCUUAACGCAUCUUUGUCUACCGGGGUUGCUAGUACCUAAUGGAACGGAGAUCGGAACCGCAGGAUUGUCUCUGAUCAAGCUUGCUCUUGGACCGAGAGGACCACCCGUUCCAAUCACAUCUAUCGAACCCAUCAUAAAACGCCAUCACAACACACUCAGAUCAGUCCAUCUGGGAAACGUUUACCCUCGGGGCACCAAACCAGGGCCCGACUUCGAUGAGCUCGCCGAAACCAUACAGAGCUGUGACGGAUUGGAUACUUUGAGGUGGCAGACAGACGUCCAUGGGACCAAUGACUCGCUCUGCGAUACCAGCAUGAGCAACUAUGGCCAUAAACUGUACUGGAAUCUCUUUGAGACGCCACUGACUGUAGCACAGCGAGUGACUCUCGAGCUACCUGGACAGUACAAAUUCCCAAGUGCUUGGUCCUCAGGCUCUACAUCACAGACUUUCCCUUCGUUGCUCGAAUCUCUCGAGAUCCCAUCCGCCACGUUACAGGAUCAUGAAUCGCUCGCCAAGCUGCUAUGUUGUUAUCCCAAGCUGCGUGAGCUGGACCUGUCCGGUACAACCAUUGACGAUGACGACAUGAAGUUGAUACUGAGACAUUGUCCGCUGAUUUCGAGGAUCGAUCUUACGUCUUGCAGGGGUGUCAACGUUAGGCAUAGACGGAACAUUUUCAAAGCGUUUGAUGAGGACGAAUCCUGA